GGUGGAUUACAUAUAAUUCACUCUUAAUUGAGGCUUAGUAGCAUUCUCACUUGAUUUGUGACACUAUUAUCUCCAAAGCUUAAUCAGUUUUUUCUCAUAGUGUAGUGCCAUACAGAUGUAAUACCACAGUUAGCCUCCAUUUGUUGCCAAAUAAAAUGUCAACAUCUUGUAGAAGAAAAAUAAAAUAUAAAACCUAAACAUAACUUGUCGUCUUUCCACUUUAUAUAACAUAAGAAUAGAAAUACCGCAGUUCCUUCCUUCUUUAAUAGUUUGAUCAAAAACCACUUCCGGUAAGUGUCUUUGAUUUUUUUUUUCUUUUCACCCUCUUAUUCUUAGUGAAAGAGGGUCAUAAUAGUCCAGAGUUCGGAACAAGUUCUGACAUUAAGUGGUUUUAGUCCCCUGCCAAAUGUAGUUGCGAGGAUCGAACUGUAAUAUUUUCUACCAAGUUCAGCGUCAAUUACUGCUAAAUCAACUAAUAUUUGGUAGUGUCUUUGAAUUUGAAUCCAACAACUCUAUCAUGCGCGCGUCAACAACGCGCCUCAUCCAUGCCACAAUUGUCCACAUGCGCAUUUUAAUAUUUAUGCCUCCAUCUUUGACCCUCUCUCUCUCUCAUCUCUUAUUUCAACCAACCAUAUUCAAUCAUCACUAUCAUUUCUCAUUCCUCAUUUCUAUAUAUUCAUUCAUACUAAAUUUACCUCCCCUCUCAAUUUCAUAUCUCAUUUUCUUCAACAAAACACAUACACAUAAAAUAUCUCAACACAUAGAUAUUAUCGUUGUACAUUAGUCGGUCUUAAGGCCGGAUACCAAGUUUUCAAAAAAAAAAUUAUUAUCGUUGUACGAUUCAAAAGCCAUGGAGAUUGAGAAUCAUCAGAAUCAUCUUCAUCAAGAAAGAGAAAUAUGGUCAGAAACAGAGAGCACAGGAAGUAGAAGCACAAGAGUGGGCUUCAGUGGAUCCCUUAGUGGGCCGUUAAGUGGGCCGUUAGUAACAUCAAACAACAAAAAGAAAAGUAGCAAAAAAAGCGCCAGAUUCAGUGAUGACGUGGAGGAUUACGUUGAGAUUACACUUGAUGUUCGUGACGACACCGUUUCGGUGCAGAAUAUUCGAGGCGGUGAUUCGGAAACGGCGUUACUUGCUAGCCGUUUGGAGAAACGGCCUUCAACGCUUUCUGUUAAGCUGAAACAAGUUUCUCAGGAAUUGAAAAGAAUGACGAGUUCGAAGAAGUUUGAUAGAGUUGAUAGAGCGAAAUCUGGUGCUGCGCGUGCACUGAAAGGACUUAAGUUUAUGACUAAAAAUGUUGGUGAUCGAGGUUGGACUCAGGUGGAGAAGCGAUUUGAUGAGUUGGAAGUUGAUGGAAAAUUACCCAAAACACGCUUUAGCCAGUGCAUAGGAAUGAAUGACUCAAAAGAUUUUGCUGGUGAAUUAUUUGAUGCAAUGGCUCGUCGGCGGGGCAUAACAUCAGCUUCCAUAACCAAAGAUGAACUUCGCCAAUUUUGGGAACAAAUUACUGAUCAAAGCUUUGAUUCAAGAUUGCAAACUUUCUUUGAUAUGGUGGACAAGAAUGCUGAUGGAAGAAUUUCCGAAGACGAAGUUAGAGAGAUUAUUACCUUAAGCGCUUCUGCUAACAAGCUUUCAAAAUUACAAGAACGCGCCGAAGAAUAUGCUGCUCUAAUCAUGGAAGAGUUGGAUCCAGAUAACCUUGGAUUUAUUGAGGUACACAACUUGGAAAUGCUUCUAUUGCAAGCUCCAGCACAAUCAACUCACAUGCACACAGACAGUAGAGUUUUGAGUCAAAUGUUGAGCCAAAAAUUAGUCCCUACCAAAGAGCACAACCCCAUAAAACGUGGUCUUAGCUCAUUAAACUAUUUCAUUGAAGACAAUUGGAAAAGAAUUUGGAUUAUAGUACUUUGGCUUACAAUUUGUGCUGCUCUUUUCACAUGGAAAUUCAUUCAAUACAAGAACCGCGCUGUGUUUCAUGUCAUGGGCUAUUGUGUUACAACAGCAAAGGGUGCUGCCGAGACUCUCAAGUUCAACAUGGCUUUAAUUUUAAUGCCGGUUUGUCGAAACACCAUCACUUGGCUUAGGACCAAGACCAAAUUAGGAGUUGUUGUUCCCUUUGAUGAUAACAUCAACUUUCAUAAGGUGAUAGCUUUUGGCAUUGCAAUUGGUGUGGGGUUACAUGCUAUUUCCCAUUUAACAUGUGAUUUCCCAAGGCUAUUACAUGCUACAGAUGCAGAAUAUGAGCCUAUGAAGAAAUUUUUUGGGGAUGAUAGACCCAACAAUUAUUGGUGGUUUGUUAAAGGUACUGAGGGUUGGACUGGAAUAGUCAUAAUAGUGCUUAUGACUAUAGCUUUUACUUUGGCGCAACCUUGGUUCAGAAGAAAUAGGGUUAAGCUCCCUAAAGCUUUGAAGAAGCUCACUGGUUUUAAUGCAUUUUGGUAUUCACAUCACCUCUUUAUCAUUGUCUAUGCUCUUCUUAUUGUUCAUGGAUACUACUUAUACCUCUCCAAGCAUUGGUACAAGAAAACGACAUGGAUGUAUCUCGCCAUUCCUAUGAUCAUAUACGCAUGUGAACGACUACUUCGUGCUUUUAGGUCUGGCUACAAAAGUGUAAAGAUCUUAAAGGUUGCAGUGUACCCUGGAAAUGUGUUGGCCUUGCAUGUAUCUAAACCACAAGGAUUUAAGUACCACAGUGGUCAAUACAUUUUUGUUAAUUGCUCAGAUGUCUCUCCAUUUCAAUGGCAUCCUUUCUCUAUUACAUCAGCCCCUGGAGAUGAUUAUGUAAGCGUUCACAUUAGGACUUUGGGUGAUUGGACAUCACAAUUGAAAGCUGUUUUUGCCAAGGCAUGUCAACCAGCAAGUGGUGACCAAAGUGGUCUUCUAAGAGCUGAUGUGAUGCAAGGCAACAACAUACCAAGGAUGCCAAAACUAGUGAUUGAUGGUCCAUAUGGAGCACCAGCACAAGACUAUAAAGACUACGAAGUAAUCCUUCUAGUAGGUUUAGGAAUUGGUGCCACCCCAUUGAUAAGUAUACUCAAAGAUGUCCUAAACAACAUGAAACAACAAAAAGAUAUAGAACAAGGAGUAGUAGAAAGUGGUGUUAAAAACAACAAAAGAAAACCAUUUGCCACAAACAGAGCCUACUUCUAUUGGGUCACUCGUGAACAAGGUUCAUUUGAAUGGUUUAAAGGUGUGAUGGAUGAAAUUGCAGAUUAUGACAAAGAUGGAUUAAUUGAACUUCAUAAUUAUUGCACAAGUGUGUAUGAAGAAGGAGAUGCUAGAUCAGCUUUGAUCACUAUGCUUCAAUCACUUCAUCAUGCCAAAAGUGGUGUCGAUGUUAUUUCAGGGACAAGGGUUAAAACACAUUUUGCAAGACCAAAUUGGCGUACUGUGUUUAAACAUACAGCUCUCAAACAUCCCGGCAAAAGAGUUGGUGUUUUUUACUGUGGAGCUGCUGGAUUGGUUGGAGAACUUAAAAGACUUUCUCUAGAUUUUUCAAGGAAAACCAACACUAAAUUUGAGUUUCACAAAGAGAAUUUUUAGAUUAUUUUUGUCACAGCUGGUUAUUUUUUUUUUCUUUCCAAUUGUAACCUAAGUAGUGAAGGAAUAUUAUUUAUAUGUAGUUUGCUGCUCUUUUUUUUGUUUUGUUAUAGUCUUGUAGAUGUAGAUAUAAGCAGCUAGCUAGCAUCCUAUAUACGUGUGUAAAUUCGUUGCAUUCACUUUCAUGUAAAGUGAAGAAGUCAUGUUGGAUAUAAUAGAAUCAAAGAACUCAUCAAAUUAUGAUGAUUAUUGUAACA